CCAGGGACGGGUAUUAGCCACGCGAGGGCUGAAGGAACCGCUUGUUUGUCUGCUUCAAGUUCGUGAGAAAAGCCGAGCGGCUGCAAGUGCAUAUAUUUAGACCGUGUUCGCCCCUCCAAGUCACCAAGAUGCUUCAAGCUUGACUCAAGCGAUCUGGCAUCGAGAUAGUUUGCUAACUUCUGCACUCAUCAUGUCUCCCUCAGUCGACAACAUGGUCCCGCUUAUGGACUUGGAUGCCGUGCCGCCGUUUUGGCGCAGAAAGAAUGGCAUCCUCCUCUACUUCUUGCUCACCUCUUCGCUCCUGGCCAGCGCUGCGCUAGGUAUCGAUGGUUCCAUGACCAACGGUAUGCAGGUCUUGCCCUCGUGGCAGGACCGUUUUGGACACCCAGAAGGCUCGACGCUGGGCUUCUUUGGCGCCUCAAGCGCUAUUGGCGGCGUUGUGCCGUUCAUCUUCCUCAGCUGGAUUGGCGACAAGUUCGGCAGACGUGUGCCUACGGCGCUGGGCUCCAUCAUCAUCAUCACAGGCGUCUUGGUUGAAUUCUUUGCCACAUCGCUCAACAUGUACAUUGGCGGCAAGAUUGUACUGGGAUUUGGCUCGUCGCUUAUCCAAAUGGGUGCUCCGGUGCUUGUUACCGAGCUGAGUCACCCCAAAGAACGUGUUCGAGUGACAACCUUUUACAACACGUCCAUUGUGCUGGGCUAUGUCAUUGGCGCAUGGGCCACGUACGGCUGCUUCCAGAUUCCCAACUCGUGGUCCUGGCGACUGCCCACGCUGAUUCAGAUCGUCCCCUCGGCGUACCAACUGCUUCUCAUCUUCUUCUGUCCCGAAUCCCCUCGAUGGCUCGUUGCCAAGGGACGCCCUGAAAAGGCCAGGGACAUCUUGAUCAAGUACCACGGAGAGUGUGACCCCCAGUCUACUCUAGUUGAGUUGGAGUUUCAGGAAAUCACAGUCGCCAUUGCCAAGGAAAAGGAACAGAAUAUCACUUGGAAAGCAUUCUUUUCGUCUGCGGCAAACCAGAAGCGCAUUGCUCUCUGCUUUGCUACAGCACUCUUCAGUCAAAGUUCCGGUAACCUGCUAGUCUCCAACUAUCUCACAGAGAUUCUCAAGAACACGGGCGUCAACGAUGACAAGGACAUCACACUUGUGAACGGCAUGGUCACACUAUGGCAGUACAUUGUCGCACUGAGUGUCACUGCCCUCAUUGACCGAUUCAAGCGCCGAACGUUCUUCGUGAUCGGAUCAGGUGGUGUGGUGGUCACGUUUAUUGCGUGGACCAUCGCCGCACAGCAGUACGUUGACAAGGGCUCCCUCCCCGCUGGAAAGGUGGUGCUUGCAUGCAUCUUCAUCUUCCAGGCCUUUUAUACAUUUGCCUGGACCAACCUUGUCGUCACCUAUCCGCUGGAAGUGGUGACGUAUCAGAUGCGUGCCAAGGCCUGGGCCUUUGUAUUGCUGACGAUCCAAGUGUCUUCCAUCUUUGGCAGCUAUGUGAACCCUAUUGCACUGCAAAACAUUAGCUGGAAGUUCUACAUUUACUACUGUGUCUGGGUUACAGCCAUUUUCUUGAUUGUAUACUUCUUCUUUGUGGAAACUGCAGGUCCUACGCUCGAAGAGUUGAGCUAUCUGUUUGAGGGCGAGAGUGGUCAGAAAGAUUUUGCGGAAAAGGCCUUGAAGCUGGACGAUGACCAGGCCAUGGUGGAGGAAAGAUCAACAGUAUAGAGUUUGCGAUGUCUUCGGUCAAAAUGCAGAAUAAAUAACAUGAAAAUUUAGUUUAUGUACACUGGAUGCUCAAUGUCGUCGGGCUAUUUUCCUUCCGUACGUAUGCCCCGUAGAGACACUUAGGCGGUAUUCCACUUCCAUGUGGAUAGUUCCAAAUCUCCAUAACCUUCAUGGAACUCUCUUGGAGGGUCGGGAGAGUAUUCUGUUAUAUUAGCUGGCGGCUCCGAGGCCAAGUACAUGCAUUCGGACAACAAACUGAGGGCAUGUCCCAUCUCUGGUCCUCGAUACCACACCCCCAUGACACAGAAUCUUCGUCUAGAAAGGCGAUCCCAGCCGUCAUUAACACGGAAUCCAUCAUCACCAUUCAUGCUUAUAGUAAUUUUGCGUCGUAUUGGACAGAAGAAGAUGACGGUUGUCUCUAUGGGCUGAUUGGCAAUGGCCUGCUCCAUAGAAUGUACCGAAACAGCACUCAGAUGUCCAAAUGAUCCCUUCAAAUAUUCAAAUACUUCCUUUGCUGAUCCAUUUAGCUUUAGAUAUUGAAGUGAGAGAUGUGUAAGAGUGUUUGUUACUCGGUCCAGUAGCGCAAUCAGUGAUGCCGGACUGAGAUAGCUGAUGCCGUCCAAUUUCAGAUGGGUAAGACUCGGGAAGCUCGCAGCCUGCUUGAUACAUUGAAACACGCAGAUUCUAUUAACUGUUCCGUGUGUAUCGCGCAUCUGCAGCCUUGUGAGGCUCUUGGCUCUGCAUACCAAAUCAGCAGCAAUCUGCGCAUCAUCGCCAUUUGCUCGUAGGCGGAUCGCCAAUUGAAGUGUUUUGAUCUUUGCCCACGCCUCCCAGAACGACGGUGAGGAGUAUGACGAUGGAAGGAUUCGGCAGAGAUCCAUCUCAGCAGGGACAGUCUCUAAGCUGAUAAAGAAGUGGUCGAUGGGCGGCAUGCCAAGCCCCAUGGCGUGGAAGAUGAUGGACAGCACAUCUGCUGCUGAGAGGCUCGUCUCGUCCCGCACCGCCCCAUGAUGGUAGUCUCGCAGAACUUCCACGGUUGUACAGUUUGGAAAUGACUUUGUGAGAAUGCGGACAAUGCGAGCGACAUUUUCCGAGUCCAGACGGGCAAAUCCGUCGGCGUCGCGCGGCCAGUGCAGAUGCGCACCAAACGCCUCACUGCUGAGAAACCAUAUGCGGCGAACCUCUUCUCUUCCCGUCGCUAGCUGGAUAAUACUUUCAAGCUCGUCGAUAUUUGUCUCGGAGAGCGUAAAAUUGAGUGUGUCAAAGACGCGAGCUUCCCAGCGCGGUUGGCAUGCCUUGUGGAGGUGGCGGCAAACUAGCCUGACAGAGGGGAUGUCUUUUCGGUCCAAGAAGUAUAUAACAGAAUCUACAAGCUCGUUGGAGAGGCUGAGCAGCAUUAUCUAUGCGUGUACCGAUAGUUGUUGGGAGAGCGAAGCAUGUUUGAUGUUGACGAAUGCGGGAUGGAGAAUACGAGUGCAGGGC